GAGGUCACACCAAUCGCUGGAUGUGAUAUAUGUCUAUUGGUCUUGACGCUGUCGAGCUUAUUGCCGUUAAUUAUUCGAAGAGGAACAACUGGAAGCAGUUUUACUGGUAUCAUGCGAAUCGAAGCGACAGACUCAUUUUGGCUGGACAAGGCGGCUUUUAGCAGAGCAGAAAGACAGUACUACGAGACGCUUAAUCGAAGAAAAAACAGUCUUCCUGGCCCCGCAUUACUGCCGGCGCCCGCCCCAAAACUCACCACAUUCGCCCCCGCAAAGAAAGCCAAGAAGAAAAACAAGGCGAUGACCGAGAAAGAAACGCCAAACAAACUGCUUUAUAUGAAUCCCCUGACCAUGGAAGCCAACUUCUUCCUGGACACCCUCAACUCGGUGAACCAGAAAAGCGCUCCACCCCAGCUGGACCCGCACCUGGCCAAACUACUGGAGCGCAUUAUGGUGGGGAUCGAGAAGUACAUGGACAGGAACCCUACCUACGUGUUGCCCCAGGAAACGGCAUCUGCCGGCGAGGGCGUGGCAUUUGUCCAGCCGAAGGAGCUGCAGACGAUCAAGCGUACAUUUAACUGCAGUUUCUGCAACAACCGGAUCGUAGGUACCACCAUCGCCAAGGCGGUGGCCCACCUGUCGGAGCAGCAUCCCAAUCCCAAUCCCAACGGUCAGCCAGUGCAGCCUCAGCAGUCUAAACAGGAGAAAAAGCAGGCCCAGGUGAAGGCGCGUCAGCAAAUGGUUGUGCAGCUGCCCAAGAAGGUCAAGGCGAUGAUUGUAGGCGAGAUUACGAAUGUGUUUAAAGACAAAUACCCUAUAGCAGAUAAACUGAAGGUGAUUCCUGAGUACGACAUAAUCGAGCAAGAUCUGUGCAAGCUUCUCACGCCGGGCUUUCCAAAGCAACAGCUGCGCAUCUACAAGUUUGGCUCACGCAUCACGGGGAUUGGGCAACGUUCUUCCGACUUGGACGUGUUCGUCGAUAUCGGCAACACCUUUCAUACGUUUGAACACCGAGCUUCCAAUACAACGAUCACCAAGCUGCGGGCGAUGCGAAAGUUUUUCUGCGGCAGUGACGACUGGCGCAUUAUUAAUGUCAUUGAGCAGGCCCGCGUUCCUAUCAUCAAAACCUGUCAUUUGCCCACGGGCAUCGAGUGCGAUAUUUGCCUGAACAGCUUGGGCUUCUGUAACACAAAUCUGCUGAAAUACAUAUUUGAAUCGCAGCCACUGACGCAAUAUAUGUGCAUAUAUGUCAAGAACUGGCUGGAGCGGUGCAAGCUGACGGAACAGAUAUCGACUUACAGCAUUACCCUGAUGGUCAUCUACUUUUUACAGCUUCAGGGCCUGCUGCCACCUAUAGUAAUGCUGCAAGUGGAGCAGUCGCUUAAGGGCGGGCAAGUGGGACCAUGGAUCGUCAAUUUUUCACUAAAAACGCCCAGUGAGCUGGGACUGCAGCAAAUAGAGGUCACUGUUCCCGUAGUCAAGUGCUAUCUUAGAAACUUUUUUGUAUACUUUGGCAAUUUUGACUACGAGCACUUUUUGAUCUGUCCAUAUUUUGGUGGAGCUGAUAUCGAAAUACAAAAGGUUGAGAAGAUGCUACCUACUAGGUACUCUUCAUAUGUGUUGGAGAACCCCGACUGCUCGCUCCAACUACGAAAACCGAUGGUGGUUCAGGAUCCCAUACAGCUAAACCACAACGUUACCAAAGCGGUAACCCGAUAUGGACUGCAAACGUUUGUGGACUACUGUGUGCAGACAGCAGUUCUGUUGGAGGAGCCUUCAACCAAUUGGCGCCAGCGGAGUACAUAAACCUGCCAAGUCAUCUGAUUGAAUCGUUCCCAUCCCUCCAAUCUCAAGGCAGUUUCAACGCUGGUCUGUUAAGAUUUUACUUUGAGUGUGCGAGUGACCUAUUUUGGUUUUAGCAACUGUAAAUUAAGGGCACUCCGCACGUCUCGACAAUAUCCAACACAUAAAGUACAAGUGACUUUUGUAUAUUUCA